UACUUGCUUUCGAUGUAGGAGGGCGGGGGAGGGCAGAGGAGAGAAUAAGGGGGGCAAUGCGAGGAAAGGUAGAGUUGCGAGUGCUGGGACGUAUGCAAGGGCGGAGUCGAGGUCGACACCGUGCUGCUGAGCUGGGUCUGCUGUUGCCGGCGUGCGGACGAUGGUACUAGUGCUUGUCUUGCCGUUGACGAGGAAGGGGGUACGAUGCCAGGUUGUCGAGGCGCUAAACACAAGAUGCCGAUGCUGGUGCCGAUUCGGUUCCUCCCUUGAGUGUCUUCAAUGGUCGAUGCCUGUCAAGCGGUAUUGGGAUAACGAGAGGGGGGCGGACUUCGUUGUGCUUGUGGUACAACGUCAAAGACGGGAAGUACGGGAGCGGCCAGUUGGCAGAAGGGGAGAGGAGGAGAGAGGGGGCAACAAAUUGAGUGCGAGGGGAAGGAAGGGGAGAUCAAUCAAUGAGAUGAGAGGUGGGCAAGAGUGGAGAUUGGGCAGGCUCUGCCGGAAUUGCUCUUGCCUUGUCGCCAGGGCGGGCCAGGGAGGGAAAGGAAGAGUGCGGCCCGCUGAGCACCGACAGCGAGACAGUGAGUGAGAGCCAGAGUGGGCGAGGAGAGCGUGUGGCUAUGACAGGCCAAGGCUCGCGUGCGUGUCAGGCCGCUUGCCAUCCACCCGCGCCGCCUCUGCCUCCGCCUCUCGGUCACCUACAUUUCCACUCAGCCUUCGCAGCACCGUCAACGAUGUGAGAGCGUCAUCGCCUCAGGGCUGACCGGGGUCUACAAUUGCUCCGGACCGGACGCAAUGGUGGUCAUUGACCUUCUCUCAUCAGCGGUGUGAUCAAC